CCUGCUUCUCUCCUCUAUAUAAGUAACGACACUCUCUUUGCGAAGCCUUUUCCUUUUCGCCACUGCUCGCUGUCCGUUCGAUUAACCUGCCAUGCUUCAGUUCGUGAGCGAGUGCGUCUUGGUCAUCUUCAUCGCCUACCCGAUCCUUUUCGUCCUCGUUGAGUCGCACCCUCGCUUAGCGCAUAUCACGCCUAUCUUGCUCCUCGGUCUCACGGUUGCUUCGACCUUGAUCAUUUCGGCGACGUUGAACUUGAUCCUUGAGUUGUGGGGUGAGGCAGAGGAGGAAAAAGAAAUGUCAUGCUGUCGUGGGAAGGCAGAGCUGCUGGGCUCGGAGAAUAAGCCGACAGAUCUUUUCUGGGCGUUGGGUUUAAGUUGGGUGCUACAUUACAUAUCGGUCUUUUUUGUGCUGUUUGGUUCCGAACCGUCGGAGUUUAAUCGAUCCGAAUCCCUUUCGUGCCGUCGGUCAUGUGGAUCCGAUGAAAGAGCACGGUGGAAGGAGGAAAUCGGCCGACGGUUUGCAGCAACCAGGCCGACGGAUGCAACUAUCUAUAGCUUUCCGUCUGCUCUAUGGAUGCGUACUCUCAAAGUUCCUUUUGCCCUUGCCGGCAUCUAA